CCGUUACUUCUCAAAUCUCAACACUCCCAUCUUGUUUCUCUCUCUGUCUCCUCUCCUCUUCUCUCUCAAUAUAUUCUAUCGUGGAACCAUGAAUUUGCUGAUCUCCCAAACUCUCUGAGACAUUCCAAGUUUGAUAUUUGUCUACUUUCAUUUGAUCGCUUCGAUCAUUUUCGAGAAAUCAAUUCACUGUACGAUUCAUUUCACGGCUCGACAAAGAUGUUCGUGAAGAAGCUGGUCGAGAAAGCAGCGAAGAAGCCUGGAGGAAGCUCGUCGGAAGGGCUCAGAGCUAAUGACGUUGAGCCACGUAUCACUCUACAUUAUGGAAUCCCAUCAGGAUCUCACUUGUUUACUUAUGAUCCAAUUCAGAAGAUCCUCGGAGUUUCCACUAAGGAUGGUAGAAUCAAAUUGUUUGGAAAAGAUCAUACUCAGGCUUUACUAGUGUCAGAAGAAGCUUCCACAAGCAGGUUUCUUGAGUUUGUUCAGAACCAAGGAAUACUUCUCAAUGUGAACUCCAAAAAUCAGAUUGAGGUUUGGGACGUAGACAAGAAGCUUUUGUCUCAUGUUCAUGUUUUCAACGGAGAGAUCACUUCUUUCCGGGUUAUGCAACAUACACCUUACUUUUACGUUGGAGAUUCUUCCGGUAAUGUAACGGUAUUGAAGAUCGAUCAAGAUUCUAAUCAAGUUAUACAAAUGGAUUAUACGAUACCUUAUCUAGCAUCAAACGGCUCUCCCGUUGAAGCUUCUGAAGAUACUUCAGUUGUGAGCAUUCUACCACAGCCAACAGCUGAAAGCCAAAGGAUUCUACUGGUAUUUAGUAGCGGGUUUAUAGCAUUAUGGGAUAUCAAAGAAAGCAAACCGAUUCUGAAAACAGGAGCACACGGGAUGGUAAAGCAGGAAGCAAAGAAAGUGACAUGUGCUUGUUGGGUUUGCCCUUAUGGAAGCAGAGUUGCAGUUGGGUCUAUUUAUGGAGAUAUUCUAGUCUGGAGCAUUCCUUCAAAAAGUGAAUGCUCGUCAGAGAGUUCUGCUAUGAUUUGCAAGCUUAACCUCGGGUACAAAUCCGAGAAGACACCAAUAGCUUCUCUGAAAUGGGUUCAUGCUGAAGGGAAAGCAAGCCGGGUUUAUGUCAUUGGAUCAUCCUCAAACUUGUUGCAGGUGGUAUUACUGAAUGAGCAAACCGAAACUCGGAUGAUUAAGCUGGGGCUUCAUGUAUCUGAGCCUUGUGCUGAUAUGGAGCUGAUCAUAGCUGAUGCUCAUGAGCAAAGCAAACAUAAACAGGAUUAUCUGUUUGUUCUUGGAAAGUCUGGACGUGUGUACGCUUACGAUGAUAACAUGAUCGAGAAGUAUCUGAUUCAAUCUCAAUCCAAAUCACCUCCUUCUCUCCCAAAGGAAACUGUGGUUAAGUUGCCAUUUUCAGAUUCUAGCAGCAUCACAGUUGGAAAGUUCCUCACAAACCCUUCACACUUGCUGAAUCUCUCAGACGAGGAUUAUGCUCAGCUGGCGAAAGAUGCUACGCCGUUUCUUCCUUCUCAGACAGUUUCAAAAGAAUGUUCCCGUUCUGCACAUUUUCCUGGUUUCUCAAAGGUUAAGAAUGUUUACAUCACAGGGCAUAGUGAUGGAACCAUUGGUGUGUGGGACAUGACCUGUCCCUUUCUCAUUCCUGUCUUAUCCCUGAAAGAACAGCAGACUGAUCAAGAUAUUUCUUCACGUGGAGCUGCAUUGACAGCUUUGCAUUUUGACAGCAACUCAAGGCUUCUAGCUUCUGGUGAUCAGAACGGAAUGGUUCGCCUUUAUAGGUUCAAACCUGAGCCAUACCUAACAGAGAACAGUUUUAUCCCUUUCCAAGGAACUUCAAAGAAAGGGAAUAACCAUAUUGUUCAAAGUGUUAAGCACAUAAAGCUUACUGGUUCCAUAACUUGUAUCCAGAAGAGCCAAAACUCGAAACAUCUCACUAUUGGAUCAGAUCAAGGACAUGUUUCUCUGGUUGACAUUGAGGAAGCAACUGUGCUAUACACAAAACACAUUGCAAGUGAUAUCUGCUCAGGGAUCAUCUCCUUGCAGUUUGAGAGUUGCAGUGUGCAAGGCUUCGAGAAGAACGUGUUAGUGGUUGCUAUGAAGGACUCAUCUGUUUUUGCUCUUGACAGCGACACCGGAAAUAUGGUUGGAACCAACAUGAUUAAGCCUAAAAAGCCAUUCAAGGCUCUAUUUAUGCAGAUCCUGGAUGGAAAACAAGACUCUUCUGGAAAUGGAAUUGAUUUGAGCAGAGAAAGCAUAGUUGAGGAUAUCUCAAUAAGGCAGCCUUCGGUUUUACUUUGUUCAGAGAAAGCUAUAUAUAUCUACUCCUUGGCCCAAGUUGUCCAGGGAGUGAAGAAGGUCCUUCACAAGAAAAAGUUUAAUUCUCCAUCCAUUUGCUCAUCUUCUACCUUUUAUGGAACCUCUGGUGUUGGUCUUACACUUGUUUUCUCAGAUGGAACUGUUGAGAUAAGGUCUUUGCCAGAACUCUCGCUGCUAAAACAGAUUUCCAUUAGAGGCUUCACAUAUUCUUCACCAAAACCAAAUUCAUUACCAGAGAUUACCAUAUCUACUUCUUGGGAUGGAGACCUCGUCAUGGUGAAUGGAGACGAAGAACUUAUUGUCAGCUCCGUUUUACCUCAAAAGGACACAUUUAGGCUUGUAGAGUCCUUGAGCCGAGUUUACAAAAAAGAUAGUGCAGUUUGUCACGAAGGCAACAUCACAUCAGGGGUUGCAUCAUCUCCCAAGGAAAAGAAGGGUAUGUUUGGUUCUGUCUUCAAGACGAGAGCCAAGCGCACAACUGAUACAGAAACAGAAAGCACCAAGGAAACUAUGGAGGAGCUGUCUAAAAUCUUUACCACAGCUAAUUUCCCGUGGAACAACAAUGUCGAGCGUAGUAGAGAGAGCAAUACAGUCAUUAGAGUUGACCAUGAAGACGAGUUGGGCAUAGAUGACAUUGACAUUGAGGAUGAUGAUCACCAUCAUCAUCACCAACAACAAGAGCAGCCGAAAGAACAAGGGAUAAUGUCAGGGAUUAGUAAGCAGAAGCUAGCGAAUAAGUUUAGCAGCUUCAAAGGAAAGCUGAAGCAGAUGACGGCUAAGAGUGAGAAGAGUGUUGUGAGCAAUGAAGAGAAACAUGAGGAGAAAAGCGGCACCACAGUCGACCAGAUCAAGAAGAAAUAUGGUUUUGCUUCGUCCGAGGAAAUGGGUGCUGCCAAAAUGGCUCAGUGCAAACUUCAAGACAACGUGAAAAAGUUACAGGGUAUUAGCUUGAGGACGACGGAAAUGGAAGAUACUGCAAAGUCUUUCUCCUCUACAGCAAAAGAAUUGCUGAAUGCUGUUGAGUUCAAUAAACAGAGCUCAAAAUCAUAGCCUCUUUUCUCUUGCUCGAACAAUCUUUACUCAAAACUAUAUCUUAAAGAACUCUGAAUGUGAAAACAUACCAUCCAUUUUGUUUGACCAUAUUGAUGAACGAUAUUGUAAAUAGCUUUUCCAAAGUUAUAAUACACCGUUUUUCAACUUCUUGUGAGCAUCU